GCGCAGCGUCGGUGCCCAGAAUCCAAACAUAACAGUGAUUGAGAAAGACCGGUGCAAGGCAGAAACCUAUUUUCACCUCCGUGUCCUCCCCGGUCAGUGUCAGCAUCUCUCCGAGCGCUUUCUCCAGCCUUUCCCCGGCGUUCAAGCAUGUCUUUGUCCGGCUCGCAGACACCAGAGGACGGACUCUACGGGUCCUGGGUCGAGCUGGAGGAGCUGAUUGCAGCCGUUAGCCGCAGGGAGAGUCUGACAGGGCCACAGGACAGCAUCUCCUCCGCCUUGCAGGGAGAGCUGGAGAGGAUCCUUCUGGAGGCGCAGCUCGAGUGUGAGAGGAGUAGAGACAGUCCUCCACAGGUGCUGACUCCACAGUCCACUGAUUCCCCAAAACCUAGCAGUGAGCAGGACAGUGACUGUGUCCCCAUACAGGAGGAAGUCGAGCGGCGAGCAGAUACUGACUGGGUGUGGGACUGGUCCAGUAGACCUGAAAAUAUGCCACCAAAAGAGUUUGUAUUUCAGCACCCGAAGCAGCAGAGUUCCCUCAGCGUUAGGAAGACAGAGGUGAUGAAGAGAGGAAUCUUCUCCUCUGAUGUUCUCCUCAUCCUUGUUCCCUCGCUGUUGGCUUCACACUUGCUCACACUUGGAGUCGGGAUCUACAUAGGAAAGCGAUUGGCUUCUUCUACAACUAGUACGCUGUGACGUUGACUGUAGGCGAGUUCUCGUGUUCAAUAACCGUCUGGCCAAUGAGGUCACAGUGCGCCCUCUCUCCCUCACUAAUUUGCACACUUCCUUUGUCAUGGGGCAAACAUACUGUAGGACCCUGUCUGCCUGUGCUUCUGUCUCUCUGUCCAUCUGUCUAUCCAGCAGUAUUCUGUCUUUUCUGUCAGCCUUUUUGUCAGUUUGCACGUCUUGUGGUCCAGGGAGCAGAUGAAUGCCAACCAAUGAGUCAGACUGAGGUCACUAUUACUCUCUCACUGAGUAACACUGAUCUCAACCAGCUAUAACAUAAUCAGAGGGAAGAGAUUGCCCAAAUAUAAGUGAAAGGAGACAAAGAGAACAAUAAAUCAUUUUGAUAAGCUGGAGAUGAAAAUGGUUUGUUAGGAACAGAGUGUUCAGAUGAAAUGAGGUAGAUAAUAUGUGGUAGCCAUUCUCCCAACCUUUGACAAUGCAAGAUAUCUGUCAUUUUAUCAAAUGUAAUGAUUCUUUGUACAACUGAGCUGCUAAAAGUGGUUCUUGGGCUUUUGUCUGCCCUGAUGGUGAAUCUAAUAUAUAGACUUUUAGUUGGAUGAGUGAUUGUAGGAGUGGUUCUGGUUGUGCUUUUUUUGUCCCAUAAACCAAUUAAAUAUUUUAACCUCCAACAAAGAUAGUCAUGAUCCCAUUAAACAUCACUCCUCAAAACCUUAAUCUGCCUCUCGAGUUUUUUUUUUUUUUUUUUUAUUCCUCUCCUCCACGUUCAUCAUAGGCAGUAUUGGUUGCACAUAUGUUUAUCUCUUUAAUAAAUGCAGGGAAAGUUAAGUAUUUUCAGCCCACAGAGCACAAAGAUUUGCUGAAGUAAACUUUGGCUUCUAUACAACUUGUAUUUUUAGUUUGUGGUUUUGGUAGUCUGGAGAUUAUUUGCAGGCAGUCAUAGACAGCAAAAAUUAAAGACUUUUACAACCUUUUAUGCUGUUAACAACCUGUAAAUGAACCACGGCAUCAGCUGAAACUUUAUUCCUCUUUACACGUGAGAUAAAUCACUGCACUUAGUUUGUCCUGAUAAACUAUUUUAUCGUAUGUGUUUAUGUCUGCACUCUCCACCAGUGAUGACUCGUACUUUUGUCUGUCUGUAUUUGUGUAGAAAAACCAUGACAUCACACCAGCAUGGCUUUCUCCAUCUGCCUUAGUCAUUCUUUACCUCACAUAAGACUCCUUUUUCUUUUCUUUUUUCCUUUUUUUUAACAAGAUGCUGCUUUAACCCAUCAUGGAUUUGACAUUUUAUUGCUUUCCCAUAAACCAGAAACCCGUUUCCUCUUAACAUCUCAUGAAAAUACUUGGCUCAGGUUUUGAAUGUAGGGUCUGAGAAGCACACUGAAGUUUGGCUGUACUGCCUAGGAUGUAAAAGUGUCCAGCUGUUGUCCGGCCUGACCAAGCCCAAUGAGUUUAUCAGCCAUUAGCAGAGCGUUUGAUGUGAAGGGUCCUGCUGAGCUCGUUAAAGCUACUUCUAGACACACCAAGCUGACGAUGCAACAUCAAGCCGGCACAACAACAAGCACAAAGCACCUGGUUUCCAUUCACAGACAACCACACAUACCACACUCACGUGCACACAGCCAUGUAUGGCGAGUUGUAUUUUGGCACCACUUUUAAAUAACAAGGAAUACAACAAAUACUUUGUUAGUAAAUUCAAUGAUGCUCUGGUAAUUCAUUAAUUAUCUGUGAUAUAAGUGCGUUUAUGGGGUGUUAUGGUGUAAUUUAAGUCUCUAAAAAGUGGUGACAUACAUUUAGGACUGUCUGUUAGCAGCAAUGCAACAUUCCUAACUGUGUUCAGCAGUGCAAAAUUCAAUGAUUUAAAGAUUACA